AUGUCUAGUUUUUCCAAUAUAACAUGGCGAUUUGAGGUGAGAGAAAAUGCUACACACCUUGUCCGGGUGCACUUUUGUGACAUUGUCAGUAGGACCCUCAAUUUUUCGAUAUUCAAUUUCUACAUUUUCAGCAAGUUCGAUCAGUUGAUCAAUCCAUACCACACAUUUCCCCAGUUGGUAGUUCCUUUUUACUAUGAUUUUGUGGUUGAUACGGAUGAUUCGGGUUUUUUGAAUGUCAGUAUUGGUCUCCGGAAUGAUUCGAAGCAUCAGUCAGCCUUUCUGAAUGGGCUGGAGAUUAUGCAGCUAAUCAAAGAAGUGGGAUCAGCUCCAAAGACAACGGAGCCAACUACAAAACAUUGGCGUAUGAUAGUUCGUUCAGUUGUUGGAGGUGUGGCUGUUAUCCUCAUAUUGGUAAUGGUGGUUUUGUUUGGUUUGAAAUACAGUAAGAUUACUCAACAAUCCAGCAGAGGCUCACCUCUUCCAAAUUUGAACCUCGGAUUAAAGGUAAGUUUUGCUGAUUUACUAAGUGAACCAGGACAUGGCCAGGGCCUUCCAGAGUUCCAAACUGAGAUCAUGGUCGUAUUGAAAAUUCACCAUCGCCAUCUUGUUUCUUCGAUUGGGUAUUGUGACAAAAGGUCCGAAAUGAUACUGAAAUCGGAUGUGUACUCUUUCGAGGUGGUUCUGCUUGAAGUUUUUUGUGCUAGACCAGCCAUUAGAAGCUUGCUUCUGCGGGAUCAAGUGAACUUGGCUGAUUGGGGGAUGUCUUGGCAAAAGAAAGGACAGCUCGAAAAAAUUGUUGAUCCUUUCCUGGAGGACAAAAUUAAUCCCAAUUCACUGAGAAAAUUUGGGGAAACAGUGAAGAAGUGUUUGAUGGAUUGUGGGAUUGGCAGGCCCGGAAUGAUCGAUGUGUUGUGGGAUCUGGAAUAUGCACUGCAGCUCAACCAAACCACAGUUCUAAGAGAGCCAUAUGAAGACAGGACCAUAGAUGCUUCAUUGGAGUUGUCAUUGCAUGUCGUUAAUCGCUUACCGUCUAAUAGCAUCACCAUGGAUGAAGAUGAAUGGACCCUGGGAGCGAUUGAUGGUUCAGAUACAAAUUUUUUAAAUGCUGGUGUGUUCUCCCAGUUGAAAGUUGAUGAUGCCAGAUAAACUCAUGCAGGGCUAGGUACUAUUACUUUCUGUUGUUUGUUUCUAUUUACAUUAAGUGAGAUCUUCUGCUUCAAUUUGGCGUAGACAUUAAAAUGGACAAAUGACGAUAAAAAACAAUAAUUACUGAUUUUUAUUUUUACUAGAAAAGAUUCUUUCAUUAAGUAGUAGAGAAACCAUUACAAUCAUUUGAUUUUUUGGUCAAUCUUUGAAUCUAUGAUAAUGCUAUUUGAUCAAUUGAGCGAUUAG